AUGAAGUCUGUCCAGUUCUCCUUCCUUUUCUGUUGCUGGAGAGCAAUCUGCUGUAGCAGCUGCGAGCUGAUCAACAUUAACAUCACGGUGGAGAAAGAGGAAUGUAGCUGCAUAAGCAUCAACACCACAUGGUGUGUGGGCUACACAACUACUCGGGACUUGGUGUACAGGGACCCAGCGAGGCUCAACAUCCAGAAAACAUGUACCUUCAGGGAGCUGGUCUACGAGACGGUGAAAGUGCCUGGCUGUGCUCACCAUGCAGACUCCCUGUACACGUACCCAGUAGCCACUGACUGUCAGUGCGGCAAGUGCAACGGCGACAGCACGGACUGCACCGUGCGAGGCCUGGGGCCCGGCUACUGCUCCUUCAGUGAAAGCAGAGACUAAGCAGCAGCAGACACUUUGAGCUGCCUACCUUAAAGGACCAAAACA